UUGGAAGCAGACGACCAGAGCGAGAGCAGGCACGGCGAUGGGCUCUGCACUUCACCUCCUCCUCCUGUCUCUCUGUGUCGGGAUGAUCCAUGGAGAUGGUUUCACAGUGAAACAACCGGGUCGACUGGAGGGUGUGGAAGGGGGAUGGAUCGACAUCCCGUGUACAUUCACUUACCCAGAUACACACACACCCACAGGGUAUGACAUUGCCUGGAGAAGAAACGAGUUUCACGGGGAAUUUAUCUUCAAUAUGUCUCUGGGAUACACUCACCCUGAAUACCGAGGGCGAAUUCAAUUCCUGGGAGAUCCGGCCAAGGAGAGGACAGGGACCAUCCGGAUAAAGCAGCUGAGAACAAGGGAUACAAACCGUUAUUUCUGUCGGGUGGCGAUAACAGGAAAUCGUUAUGCGCUCUGGCAAAGCGUCCCAGGGACCUACCUGACUGUCCGAGCAUGGAGACCAGAGACCACGACAGACCGUGCCCCCUCCUCAGUGAGUGCAGCCUCCCAGCGCAGUGUGGAUGGUGGGGACCCACUGCCUCAGGGUCUAAUCCUCAUCAUCAAGGCGGGCUUCGCUCUCACAAUCCUAGUGACUGUUUGGCUGGUUGGAAUGUGUUUGAUGAACAGGAAGGAAGUUACAGAUUCCUCGGAUGGAAAUUAGCGCGGAGAGACCAAGUGAGAGAAUGCGGGAUCCAAUGGGAAUUAUCUGUAGGAAUCCCCCGUGCAAGGAAUUUACUGAGUCCUACACGGUCACACAACAGGCCCAUAUUCUCGCAGCCCUCACUGUCCAAAGCUGGUUUGAACCUAGCCCCUUUGAAGUCGACACUGCGGACUGUGAGUUUUGCUGCAAUGUUGAACCAGGCUCUGGUUCCCCAGGAAAGAAACUCCGUUUGCAGAGCUGCUCUGAUGUGAAAUCGUCUCCGUUUGCUGCUGAACAGAUUGCUUCCUGCUCCUGUGUAUAUAUUCUGGCGGGUAUAAACCCUGGCACGGCUCCAUCUCAUUGGCUGACCCUCUGCCAAUCAGAGUUUCCAUGAAGCACUUUGUAAAAAGUGACAAUGUCCCUGCCACAAUGAAUCGAUUGAGGCUGAAACGUUGCAUGUUUUCAAGAAGGAGUGAGGUCCAGUUCUUAGAGCUAUAGGGGAUUCAAGGGAAUGGGGAAGGUCACUGAGUUGGAUGAUCAGCCAUGGUGCGGGUGAACAGGCUUGAGGGGCUGAAUGGUCUACUCCUGUUCUAAUAUUCUAUAUUUCUGUGCGCCCAAUGGAAAACAAUACUGUCACAAUAUACUUUGUUAUUAAAGUCUUCUCAUAAUUUA